AUGCCGACCAUCAAUGUCAAGCCUGGCUCUAACCAGGAACUGCAGCUGAUUGCAGAUGCCCUAGGCAAAUCGCGGAAGGUGGUAGUUGUUACUGGCGCUGGAAUAAGCACCAAUUGUGGUAUACCGGACUUCCGCUCUGAGGAUGGCUUGUAUUCGUUGAUCCAGGCUCAGUAUGAUGCUGCCUUGCAAAACCCACCUUGGGCGAACUCAAAUACCUUUAAUAUCGACGACAGACCGAAAAAGCGGGUAAAGCCAUCGUACUUCUUUGAAGUCGUGGCCCCUGAUGGUAAUGUUGUCGGUGUUGUUGACGAACAGCGCUCAACACCACAACGACCACGCCGGCGACAACAAGAACCACGUAUAUCUCCCAGAUCUCCGUCCACCAGCCCUCUCAGCUCCCGCUCAGUCACUCCGACAGUCGACUUCUUAGACUCAACUUCCUCAUCUCGUCGUCCCUCAUUACAAAUUGAAACGUCCACUGGAAGCACAAGUAACGAGAGUUAUUUUUCGUCGACCGACCCAGAUUCGUCACAAACUUGCUCGUACGUCUCUGAGCGGCAGUUAGACUCCAUUCACGUCGAGAUCCUGCCCUCAACUGCUGAUCUAAACCAAAGACCCCAGAGAGUAUUAUGCGAACCGCAACAAUCCUUUGAGUUUAACUCAGAUAUCAAGAGUUCAAACACUUUAGCACGCGCGCCCAUAACCACACCCCUUUCAAACAAUCAAUUACCAUCCACCGCGGACUCCAUCCGACCUCAACCUGUUCCAACUAGUUCAACAAAUCCAUCGAUUGGCUCUCUAUCUUCGACCCCUGAACUCCUUCCCUCCAUCCGUCAAUCUCUUCAAACAGAGGACUCAGGCUUGAGUUCAAAGUCCGAAUCAAGAGCCCUACCGAAUCUCAAGGGCCGUGAUCUAUUUGACUCUAUGAUAUGGUCGGACCCGUUUACAACAUCCAUAUUUUACAUGUUCAUCUCGUCCCUGCGACAAAAAAUACGAAACCAAGUCACUAGUACAACAGAUACUCACCAAUUCAUCAAAGCUUUGCGAGAUGGCGGACGUCUGGUGCGCAAUUAUACCCAAAACAUCGACUGCUUGGAAGAACGUUUGGGGCUUUCUACAGACAUCUCGCGUGGACCGGGCAAUCGCUCGCGUUUCCACUCGAAAAUGCAGCGAGAAGCGCGACCGACCGAGGUCUCCGGAGACUCCCCUCACAACGGAGGAGUUGAGAUUGUUCUGCUCCACGGAGGAUUGGGUGCGUUGCGCUGCGGGAUUUGCGGCCAGCGUACCAGUUGGGACGAAGACGGUAGAGAAGCCACGACGCUUUCCGGGCAGGCACCGGACUGUCCGUCGUGCGCUGAGUAUAAUGCCCGUCGUACGGGAAGAGGAAGAAGAGGGCUUGCAAUUGGCCGACUAAGGCCAGAUAUUGUCUUGUACGGGGAAGAGCAUCCCAAUGCCAAUCUGGUGGGGCCCCUGAUUACGCACGACUUGGGACUGGGUCCCGAUUUAUUAUUGAUAAUGGGGACGAGCUUAAGAGUCCAUGGCUUGAAAGUCAUGAUUAAAGAAUUCGCAAAGGCGAUUCGAACGAAGGGAGGGAAGGUAGUCUUCGUGAACAGGACGAAACCCGCCGAAAGCACUUGGGGAGAUAUAAUUGACUACUGGGUAGAGUGGGACUGUGAUGCCUGGGUUCGAGAUGUGAAAGAUAGGCGGCCAGAGGUAUGGUUGCCUCAAGGCACCGUCGAAGAUUGGAAGCGGAAGGAACCAUCUAGCGACACCAAACCAGUAACGAAGAAAGCACAUAGUGAUUGCAAGCCGCCAUCCAAGAGGCCAUCCAGGCCACAGGCUACUAGAGAUGACAAGAUGAACGGUGUCUAUGUCACGUUCAAAAUUCUUGAUACCUUGGGCAAAUUUGUGGACCCUGAAGGUCGAAGUGCAGACCGGUUGCCAUAUUUUGAAAAGGCUACCCCGAGGACAUCCACGACUUCUAUAACAAAACCAGUGGCAGGUAAAAAGGUCAUAGCGCCUAAAAGAAGGACUAAGUCUUUAUCAAGCUCAAAACCCCAAACCACAAAAGCAAAUCUGAGCAAAAAGCGCAAGUCUUGCCCGGGUGGCGAAGUUAACGAUGAAGGGGGCAGCAAUGAGCUGUCGGCUAGAGUUAUGGAAGGAUGGGAGAAGUUGCGUGGUAUGGCGCCUACUCUUUCAGCUGAGGCCCCUUCUCGAGAAGCCCUAUCCAAUCUGUCUUUGAACCUCCUCCGUGAAAGCAAAUUCAUGUUCAGUGCUACCUUCAACCAUUUCCCAAACCUAGGAGGGAUCUGUCCAUUGAAUCAGAUGAACCUCGUUACACAUCCCCCGUUCGGAUCAACUCUGCCUUUACACCGCAGUCCUAAGAAAGGAUCUUUACACCGCAGGCAUACCGUUCACGCCUAUGGCACUCGAGCCUCGAAAGUUUCUAGCAGCGCAGACACAAUCGCCUUUGAUAAAGAUUCCCCUCCAAAACAUACCAUUUGGUUAAGCGAGGAGGACACUAUCGUGGUCAAAACACAGGAACCUGGUGAUGGUAUUAAGGAAUCUCUACCUACACCACCUGGAAGUGGCCCUUUCACGCCAACCUCGCAGCGUAUUAAGAGGAUGGGGAGUAUUGGGGCUAUUCUAUCAAGCCCGGAGGAUGAGGUGGAGGUUUGGCACGACGCAUCUGAGAUUCUGACUUGA